GAGAAGCAAAAACAUUUUUAGUUACAAACGUUGCCUGCAACUAUUUGGCUAAGUCAUGCAAAAGAAGUGUACAUAAAUCUUGAGCUUGACUCUGGGCAAAUAAAGCCUUGACUUGACACUUGCCAAUAAUUGGGGGUUUCGCUGCGUGGGUGUGGCUAAGGCUCCAUUGUUAGCCAGCGAGCAUAGCCAGCUGUCAAGUCACUGACAGUUGGCAAACAAAUAGCAGCCACCCCAGGUGUCAACGAGUCAUUGUUUGCCCACAAAGCUAUUGUCAGGUGAACAGGUCAAUCGGUGCCACUGGUCAAACAGUUCAGUCGCGUUCACAAUGCCUUUGAACGCUGAUUUAAUUAUGUUUAUGCUCGUGGCACCAGCGUUACUAUCUGUUGGCCAGGACAAUGGGGACCUAGAGAGCUAUGCAAAAAUCUUUAAGACCGUGCUCAGCCAGCAGGACUGCACCCUGGAUUUGCACUUGCGUAGCAUGCGUGAUGCGGACCACAAUCUCGUGCAGUUCCUGCUGACUCAGCAGAGCAGUGCAGUGCGAGUGCAUAUGGGGCAGGCUGUGACCGUAGCUGCAUUGGAUGCGUCAGAUGAUGCACUUCAUCACUUCUAUAUCUUUGAGCAUGUGCACCGAAUGCAGCAGCAGCUCAAAAUGUUUACCAACCCGGGCGGCUUCUAUAUACUGGCAAUUGAGGCUUUUGCCGGAGAGGAGCAGAAGAGUUUGCAGCAUUUUAUGGAGGUAGUCUGGCGGCAACUUGGUCACAAUCGGAUAUACUAUGUUCAGCUGGCAGGCGAACGGGUUCUGCUUUACAAUCCUUUUACGGAAAGCGUGGUUCCUGCUGAGGACGAACACAGUUUUGAGCGCAUUUACUCGAAUCUCUAUGGCUAUCCAUUGCGCGCAUACAUCUUUGAUUCCGUGUACUCCGCGCUUUUCGGAGAUGGGGACACCGAACGUGUUACCCGUGUGACAGGGCCAGAUGCCAUCGCCGCCGACACAGUGGCCAAGCAUCUCAACUUUACGCUCAACUAUAUUUGGCCAGAUGACGAGUUCUUUGGUGGUCGACAGCCGAACGGUUCAUAUACAGGCGGCGUAGGCCGUGCGCAUCGCUAUGAGCUGGACGUCAUCUUUGCUGGCUUCUUCAUAAAGGAUUAUCUGACGGCGCGUAUCCAGUUCAGCGCCGCCGUCUACAUGGAUGAUUUGUGCCUCUUUGUGCAGAAGGCAAAGCGCAUUCCACAGUCCAUUGUGCCACUUUUUGCCGUGCGCGUGGAUGUCUGGCUUUGUUUCUUGCUCGUCGGCUUUGCUUGCGCCUUCGUUUGGCUCUGUUUGCGUGGCUUGAAUCUGACGCUGGACAUCCAGUGCCUGCCCGAGCACAAACACAAUGCUGCAGAUGAGCGGUGCAUCAGCAUUGGCUGGCGCAUCUUUAUCGACACCUGGAUUGUGUGGGUGCGGGUAAAUGUAGGGAAGUUUCCGCCUUAUAAUUCAGAACGCAUCUUCUUGGCCUCGCUAUGCCUGGUGAGCGUGAUUUUUGGAGCACUGCUGGAAUCCAGUCUUGCCACAGCAUACAUACGUCCCCUCUACUAUCGGGAUACCAAUACGCUGGCUGAGCUAGAUGACUCGAAUAUGCCCAUUUAUAUAAAGCAUCCGGCAUUUAGGGAUGAUCUGUUUUAUGGCCACGACUCACAGGUUUAUCGACAACUGAACUCCAAGAUGAAGCUGGUGGGAGAGGGUGAGGACCGCCUGAUCAGUAUGGUCUCUAAGCUUGGCGGAUUCGCCGGUGUGACACGCGCCGCCAGUCUCGAGCUAAGCGACAGACGCUACAUUAUGACUCACAAGGUGCACAAGAUACCCGAAUGCCCCAAGACCUAUCACAUUGGCUAUGUGCUGCCGAACCCGUCGCCCUACAUAAAUGGCAUCAAUAACGUGCUGCUGCACAUUUUGGCUGGGGGACUCUUACAACACUGGAUAAGCGAGAUGAAGGAGCGAGCCCAAUGGAGUAUUCACCGGUAUCCGGAAUACUUGGCCGAGCUGGGCGUGCAAAAUUGGAAAGUGUUGACCUUAACGGACGUACAACUAGCCUUCUAUGCCUUAACGAUCGGCUGCAUUCUGGCUGCAUUCGUUUGGUGUUUCGAGUUCCUUUAUAAAUAAAGAAACGUGU